GUGCUUAGUAAAGACGCUUAGUUGUACGUUGGGGAUUGGAAGAGUCGGGUGCUCUGAGAAGACGGCAGAAACACCUGAGAUUGAUUAAGACGAGAUGAAAGUGUCAUGGUCAAGGCUGUUUCUCUGGGUCUGUGUUGUGGUGUUGGCCUUAAACGUUGAGGACACGAGCUGCCAGAACCUGGUUAUCAGCACGACCAACGCCCUGGCCACCCUCGCUGGAAUAGGCCUCCUGGGGUCUGCUGGAGCCUUGGCUACGGGAUACGCCCUUGGCCGCCACCGGGGACGAGGCCAGAGGUACAGAGGCAGAGGGUGGUACUACUACAGAGGGCGUAGGAGUCUGGAGGUCUUGGAGGCUCCCGAGUUCGAGACUAUUUUGGAUGAGACAGCGAAAGUCGACACCAAACACUGUGGGCGAAAACUCCUCUGUGCGGCAGCGCGUCAAGAGAGAGCGACAUCACCCUUAUUGCAGGCUCUUCUCAAGCCUUUUGCUGGACAAGGACUCAGCAAUGGCACAGUGUAUGGUGACUAUGAUGAAGCAGUGUGGAGAGGUUUAUCGGGGCAGGACUGCUCUCACUACACCCUGUGUGAAUACGACCCUGCAGAGCUCCUGGGUGUUUACGAGGGAAUCAUGCGUGACUUAACUUCACAGUUAUAGAUUUCUCCCUUGGACAUACUAGACAUUUUGGUCAUCUAUUUUUUAGAGAAAAAAGAAAUAUGAACAUCGAUAUUUCGAAAAAAAAAGAAAAUUAAUUUUGCAUGAGCGAAAGUAAUCGCGUUCUUGAACACUGUCGACAGAUGUAUGUAAAUUCACUAACACAUUAGAAAUCGACAGUAAUAAAAUAACACUUGUAUAUUGAUUUAUCAUAACCAGAAGUUCCUUAAUAUGAAACCUUUUUCAAGACAGGUUGGCUUGCUCGAAACAUUCCUCGUCUUUUUUUUUUUUUACGUGGAAUCUGUAAUUUCACUGACAUUUUCCUUCUUGAAGAAUGUAUAACCCUUCCGCCACUAACAAUGAACUGACAUCUUUG